AUAAUAUCUGAUUAUGAAAGAUUUCUAUUUAAAGCUUUUAUCCUUUCAACGAAUUUUAUUGUCUGUGUUAGAAUUGAACUUUUCCCUAUUUAUUUAUUUUUUCUGUCUAUAAUAGUUUGUUUAAUUUAUCAGCAAACACGAUUAAACCUUAUUUACCCCUAAGAUAUUUAUAUAUGUGUAGUUGUAUUAUAUACAUUUACCAUGCUGAAUAUAUGUAUUUGAUACAUAUAUCCUUAUAUAUUAUAUAUAUCUUUACAGAUAUAAGUUUACUGCUUCAAUGAAUAUUUAACCCAAUUAACUGAUAUAAGACGAUUAUUAACGCUAUUUGUGGCUAACUAAUGAAAAUAGGCAGCAAUACAUAGUUUUAUCGUCUAAUUAAACAAUUGCCUUAGGGUUAUCAUCCAUAAUCAUUUGUAAAAACAAGACAACAGGUGCAAAAUAAUAUUGCCUCGGGUAUCUCUAUAUGGAAGUAAGAGAGGACAGAUCAAUCUUAAUCGAACGCUUGUUCAUUCAUUUUGAAAAAUGUCUUAAUUAUUCUCUUUCAUUAAGUACUCUAUUAUACAAUACAAAUAGACUGUAUUAAUUUUCAAUAGAAUGAUUGGAUUCAUUUAGAGAGUUUGCCAAUUUAUAUCUUUUUCUAUAAUAUUUGAUAAAGAUCGAAUACCCAUUCUGACUAGAUUUCCCGAUAGAUAAGUAGUUAUAAAACAAUUUUUCUUUCCUCUUCUCCCUCUCUCUCUCUCUCUCUCUCUCUCCCUCUCUCUCUCUCUGUCUGUCUAACCCUCUAUCUCUUUACCCCAAAAACCUUUUCGAUUUUUGUUUUUCGCGUUUUACUAUUUACAACUGAACAUUGAUUUUUGAUUUGUUACAUUUUCCCUAAAGGUUUAUAGAUCUCGUUCAUCAAAUGUAAAAAAAAACAGCUGCAAUAAUUUUGAAACAUUUACCUAAAAAAAAAGGGAAAACUAAUUCUCUUUUCCAAGAAAACAACAUCAAGACACGUUUUACGCAAUUUACAUUUAUUUCUUCUAGUUAUUAUCUUUCGAUAAUCGUAUGAGUAAGAAAAGAAAAGGGAAAGAGUGAGGAGGAGAAGGAAAAAGAUAAAUUAUGACACUUUUGUAAUUCAUACUAUUUAAAUAGAAAAUAAUUUGAUGGUAGUGAACUAUAUCAACCUUUACAGCUGUUGCAAAAUAUUUAUUCUAUAUUCAUAUUAUAAUAAGAAACUAUCUGAUUAUUUUUAUUUCUUAUGCUUCAUUAAGAGUGUAUUAUCUUUCUCUGAAUUGAAUUUCGCGGAAAUUUUUUACAUGUAAAGAAAAUUUAUGCAUUGAUAGUCGAUAUAUAGAAAUAGCAGGGAAUUGAGGGAGAAAUUAGAACGUGAGCGAGAGAGAAAGAGCAAAAAGGAAAGAAAAAAAAAGAAGGGUGGUAGUAGUAGAAAAGGAGGGAGCUUAAACUAAUAAUUUUGCUAAGGAAUGUAAGAUUCUAGUCUAUCGUAGUUCCGACAGUGGAAAAAUAAAGAAAAAAGCUCUAAAGGCUGAUAACAAAUUAUCUCUGUUUAUACACGUUCUGGGAAAUUUGACACUAAAAUAGGGCUGUUUAAAACCAAACAAUACCUAUGAUAAUGGAUUUUUUCUUUGACUCUUUUUUAUUACUUUCUUAUCGUCUAUCAGAGUGUUUAUUUCAUUAUUCUAUGCCAACUAUUCAUUUAUCUAUUUUAUAGAUGGGAAUAUAACUCAAUUACGUCCUAGUGUUAAAAUGACGGACAAAAUAUGGAUACCUGAUACCUACAUUCUAAAUGGACAAGGAUCAUAUUUGCAUACCAUCACCUAUUCGAAUAAAUUAUUUAGAAUUAACGCCAGCGGUGACAUACUAUAUUCACAGAGGUUAACAAUCAAAUCGAAGUGUAUAAUGAAUCUGGAAAAGUAUCCCAUGGAUAAACAAAACUGUCCGCUUUGGAUUGGCAGUUAUGGAUACGGUAGUGAGGAUGUUCUUUAUGAAUGGGAGAAUAAAUCUGGUAAGAAACCAGUGGCUAAUUAUAAAGAUAUCAAAAUGGCUCAAUUUAAAUUAACUGAAAAAGAAACUGGCAAUAUGACAUCGGGUUUAAAUCAUGGAAAUCGAAAAAUUAUCUUUGUAGUUUUUAAACUUCGAAGAGAAAUCGGCUUCCUCUUCCUACAAAUCUAUUUACCAUGCUACCUAAUUGUUAUCAUUUCUUGGGUAUCAUUUUGGAUAAAUCGAGAAGCGACGCCAGCCAGAGUAACCCUUGGCACGACAACUCUUCUCACAACAUGUACUAUUGGUAUAACAGGACGAGAAGGGAUACCAAAAGUCAGCUACUCAACAGCAUUAGACAUUUUUUUAGUCAUGUGUUUUUGUUUCGUUUUCGCCGCUCUUGUUGAAUAUGCAGGAGUUAAUUAUUUUACAAAAGGCAGUAGUCCAGAUUUUAUUCCUUUAAUGCGACCAGAAAACAGGCGGCAGAGUUACGUAACCGAUGUAAACGGUCAUGCAAUGUCAAACACUUGUACAGACUAUAUUGGAGGACCGGACGGUUUAGUGAAAGAAAACUGUUGGGUAAUGUUUCUUCACUGUUUAAUGGGCAACAGCAAUUAUAGACAUUUGAAAGCGAUGAGUAAAUGCGGUACAUCUAGCGUUAGUAGAAUCGAUUCAAUGGCUAGAAUUUUAUUCCCUUUCUCUUUCGUCUGCUUAAAUAUUUUAUACUGGGCAGGAUUUUUAUAUUAUUUUUAACUUUGUGUUUUGUUUACAUCAAAUUCAUCUAAUCGUUUCUCUUUUCUAUCUUUCCCUUCAUUUCUCUGUUAUUCUCUAUCAUCCAUUAAAAAGACUAAUCUAUUUGUGUCAUUUAUACUUAUAGAUAUAGAUAAAACUAUAUAAAUAUGUAUAUAAAUUUAUAUAUACUGUACAUACUGUAC